CUAGUUGAGCUUUUACUUGAUCGGGGAGCCGAUAUUAAUGCCCAAGGCGGGCAGUACGGCAAUGCACUCCAAGCAGCAGCAAAUGGGGGAAGCGAGGCUGUAGUUAAGCUUCUACUCGAUCGAGGAGCUAAUAUUAAUACCCAAGGUGGAGAGUACGGCAAUGCACUCCAAGCAGCAGCAGAUAGGGGAGGCAAGGCUAUAGUCGAGCUUUUACUUGAUCGGGGAGCUAAUAUUCAUGCCCAAGGCGGAUACUAUGGCAAUGCACUCCAAGCAGCAGCAGAUAGGGGAGGCAAGGCUAUGGUCGAGCUUUUACUCGAUCAGGGAGCCGAUAUUAAUACCCAAGGCGGGCAAUACGGCAACGCACUCCAAGCAGCAGCA